CACGCCAGGUGAGUUGUCGCGGUGCGUGCCGGGAAGGCAAGAUGGCUGCGCCCUGUUCCGGGUUGCCGAGUUGUCGAACCAGCUCGACCGGGACGCAGGAGUGUUUUACAAAACCACGACAGCUCCGGGUCGGGACAACAUUCGGUUCCACCACCUAUUGCUGAAGAAUUAAAUCCAACAGUACUAACUGCUGAACUGUGAAGAAAACUUGAAACAUCCCGAAAGAAUUUCUACAAGUUUGAACAAACAAAAAAUCUCCAUUCCUUAUUCAGAACUGCACAUCCUUCCAAAACGCCAUAUCAACCAUUCCUUGAGUACCAGUGGUUCCAGUACAGUUUCUUAAACACUUAGAGUUAGAGUCUUGAAAACAAACGACGACACUUAAAGUAUUAAGCAUGGAAGAAGUACGCAUCGAAGAUGAGACAGAAGUACGGAGGGACUCGUUCGAAAACGAUCACGGUCGGAAGCGAACUCCCUCAGGCGACCACAGACAUUCCAGCCGAGCCCGAAGCUACUCCCACUCGGAAAAUGAGCGUUACCCUUCCACGGACAGGACACUGCCCCACCGGUCUAGUUUCGGGGACGGUUCAACCGACGGCAGCGUCGCGAACGAUUCGUUCGAUGCUCCGCGAAGCUACAGCCACUCCGAGAUGCUUCACGACCCGAAACACUUAACCAUCAACGAACAGGAGCUGAUCAAAAUCACACAGAUGCAAGUCGAGUCGAAAGACGCCACUCCAGAAAACAAGGGUCUCCUAGAGAAGGGGGCUGUCAUCUUCCUCUUCCUGUGGUACUUCUUCAGCUUCUGUACGCUGAUCUUGAACAAGUACAUCCUGUCAGAGAUGGACCUGAAUGCUCAGUUCCUGGGGGCGUGGCAGAUCUUGUGUACGACGGUGUUCGGGUUUAUCCAGCUGAGACUUCCGUGCGGACAGACGGGCAUCGGGCGAGCGCCGGGGCGGAAAUCUGUUCCUCCGAACUUCCUGUUCAACAUGACCAUAGGCGGAGUUCUCAGAUUUGGGACCACAAUUCUGGCUCUCCUAGCGCUGAAGAACGUCGCCGCUUCGUUUGUGGAAACGAUCAAGAGCACGGCUCCGAUGUUCACGGUCCUCAUCACGUGGAUGAUGCUGCGGGAGAAGACGGGAUUCUGGGUCUCGCUCUCCCUCAUCCCCAUCAUGGGGGGUCUGGCGCUCUGCUCGUCCUCAGAACUCAGCUUCAACACCAUCGGAUUCAUGGCUGCCAUCUCUACCAACAUCGUGGAAUGCUUUCAAAAUGUUUUCUCCAAGAAGCUGCUAAGCAAUGACAAACAUAAAUAUUCACCCCUGGAGCUGCAGUUCUACAUGAGUAGUGCAGCCCUGGUCCUCCUGGUACCAGCCUGGUUCUUUGUUGACCUCCCUCUGAAGCAGCUGUACAUCGGGCGCGGCAGGAGGAGGCAUCUGGACAGACACAUCCUCAUGGCCCUGCUGUUCGACGGCGUCUCGUUUCACCUGCAGAGUGUGACCGCGUACGCACUCAUGCAGAGGAUAUCACCUGUCACACACAGUGUGGCUAACACAGCUAAGCGAGCCCUGCUGAUCUGGCUGAGUGUUCUCGUGUUCGGCAACACGAUAACCGUACUGAGCGGGCUGGGGUCCAUGGUGGUCCUGGCCGGAGUCGUGCUCUACCAGCGAGCAUGCGAUGCCGAGAAACGCAGAAGAGCCGAGGAAAUCCAGGACCAAUCAGAAUCGUAAAAAAGGACCGAUAAGAAUCAUGAUUGUCAGACUUUCAACUUCUUAUGAUAUCAUGAAUGUUCAUCUGUGUUGGUAGUUAGAUGUUUGACGUUAAAACUUUAGAUC